AUGCGGCUUCUAGAUGGAAGCACGCUCGAAGGUGGCGGCCAGUUAGUACGCAUCGCUGUGGCUCUAUCUGCCUUGACCGGAGAACCAGUGACAAUCAAUCGCAUACGUGGGAACCGAAGAGACUCCAAGGGGUUAAAGGCCUCGCAUUGUGCUGCAAUCAAAUUCCUGCUUGAAGUCUGUGGAGGGACGGCAAAGGGAAACCAGGUCGGACGACAUGAAGUGAUCUUUUAUCCAAGGAGCGAGCAAGAAGAUGCGGAUCCGGAAGUGAGAGGCACGAUCACAUCGUUACAGCAGCUGUCUUUGAGUUCGAUGCACGAUUCACCGCGUGUGACUAUUAAACCGGAAUAUGACAUUCGGCUAUCAAGCCCAGGUUCAGUUUUCUUGAUUUUCCAGGCGCUUUAUCCAUAUCUGCUGUUUGCCGGUGCCUGCACACCGACUGCUGAAGCCGGCAAUGCUUUAGACACCGGGGCCUCACUGAAGGAGAUACGAUUAAAUAUCACAGGCGGUACCAAUGUGUCCUUCUCUCCGUCGUACGAUUAUAUAUCUCAAGUCCUUAGCCCAAACUUUACCAAGCUUGGUCUCCCUCCCUUAUCUGUUAAACUGAAGAAACGAGGAUGGGCUUCGGGUCAGUGGGCAGAGUUGGGAGCGGUUUCAUUUACUAUUUCGCCACUAUCGGCAAAUGGAACAGCAGAGUUGGACACGAUAUCAUCACCGUCGCACGACAGCGGCAGAGCUCAGGCCGAAACCCCCCUUAUAAUAUUCCCGAGCAUAGGUCUCGAGGCAUUUGACAAAGGGGUUAUCACACAAGUUGAUGUUACAAUUCUUGCACCAGAUACCCUUGCACAGAAUCUCCUGACGGAGCUGUCUCCAAAGGUGGCGAGGCGCCGCAACAAGGACAGGAAGUUGAGAGACAAAACUGCAUCCUACCAUCGUGCAUACAAGCAUCAAAGCCCGUAUAGCGGUCAAGAGGAAGAAGACGAGGAGAAAAAUGAUUGUCACGAGACUGGGGACCAGGGUUAUAUGGAUGAUGCUUGUAAGAUGAAGCAGGGACCACCUCAAACCGCUCGAGAUUUCCUCAAACACCAAACAAUUAAAACGCUAUUGAAAGAGCUUACCCGCCGGGCCGGCGAGCAAAGCGUGCCAGUCACGCAAGGGAUCGGCGCAAAGGAAAACGAGAUGCAACCGCACAUUGAUGACGUGGUCGUUAAUUUGCAUACCUCAGAGGCGACAUCUCACUACUCACAGACCUAUAUCCUGCUUGUCGCUCACACAUCGACAGGGUUCCGGCUAGGAAGAGAUGCACUUUAUUCAUCUUUCCACGGACAAUCAACCGGGGACAAGCCUAAGCACGGGAAAAGCAGGAAGGUGCCAAAAUCUAGCGAAUGGACUAGUAACAUUCUUGAAAGGAUGAAGGGCAUGGUUGAUCAAUGUGUGACAGAUCUGAUGGAUGAAUUUGAAGGCAAUCCAGGGGACCAGGGGAAAUGCGGGCGGAUAAUCCUGCCCAAGAGGGCCGUGGAUGUUUAUAUGAGGGAUCAGAUCGUUGUAUUUGAAGCACUUGGGAGAUUGGCCCAUCCCCGCCCUUGUUUGUCGACAAACAAGGGCGGGGAGCGGGAUGAAGGAGAAGGACUCAGCCUUCAUACUCAAACUGCAAGGUGGGUAUGUGAACAGAUGCUUGGAUGUUGA